GGACCCUAGGGACAAAGUAGAGCCAAGGAAACAGAAGGCAGAGAAAGUAGAAAAAGGAUAAGAGACCAUCAUAGGUAGGAAAGGGCUGACAUGUUCAGAAGCCAGAUGGGCGGUUAUGGGCAGGUCACACAGGUGAGGCAAGGCAGGUAGGAGCAGGAAGAGAGCACAGACAGACAGUAAGAGAGCAGACACAGAGCAGGUUCACCAGACAAUAUCACUCACCCAGACACCUGCGUGCCAUUAACCAAAUAUUGUUUUUAUAGUGGACUAGUCAUUACCUGAUACAACAAAAGGAGGUACUUUUUUACACUUUAGCAUAAGGAAACUUAAUACUGGAUGAAAACAGAUAAUAUAGUUUAAGAUCUUGUAAGGUGUUUCUUAUUAGCAGGGUUUUUAUAAUGGAGCACUAGCUAGUACUGAAUACUAGCAUUUCUUUCAAAUCAAAUAGAGAAUAUAGGAGAGUGCCAGACCUGUAUCAUUACUGUUUUCUCUUGGUAUAGAAGAGAAAUGAACAUUCGUUCUAAAUAAAGAACUGGUGAAAAGCGUAGCCUCAAACAUGUACUAACAUUAACACAAUAAGGAAAGGGCAUGUCUAUUAUAAUUAAAAAAGGCAGUUAACGUAGUUAGUUUUUUAGAUAUUGUAAACUCCAAUAUUAGGGAUUUUUAGAAUAUCUCUCUGUAUAGAUAUAUAAAUUCUUUAAAUGCAGCAUUUUUAACCAAGUCACUCAAAUGGAGCCAAGACAGAGUUUGACUUUUAAUUUGUGCUGAUGGAAAACCAAAGAAGCACAAUGGCCACUCAAGAAAAAUUGCCAAAGCUGGCUUCGCGGAGGCGCUCAGCCAGGAUGAGGGUUCGUCCACUACCAGUAAAGAUGCUAAAGAGACACUUCUGGCUGUUUUUGUUGGCUUCAAUCCUGUUUUUAGGAAUGUGGAUGAUGUAUACCAAUCUAACAACACCUUCGAAUGGGAACCCUAUUAACCAAAGAUACAACAGCUGGAUAGAGUUGGGUAAAGCUUUGGCCCACAAAAAUAUACCAGCCAUGGACCCCAACGUAGAGUUUUACAAACCUGCACAAUCAAAUGAUCUGCUUAAACGCUUUGAAGGCAAGUCCUGGAACCAUUCAGUGCCCUGGAAACCAGAGCUCAAGGGCAAGGUCAACCUCCAUGUCUUUGAAGACUGGUGUGGAAGCACAAUUAAGCAACUUCGACGGAACCUGCAUUUUCCUCUGUACCCCCAUACUCGUACCACAGUUGACAAGCUGGCUGUCACCCCCCAGUGGACAAACUACGGACUGCGCAUAUUUGGAUACCUGCAUCCAGUCACAGAUGGUGACUUCCAGUUUGCAGUGUCCUCUGAUGAUAACUCAGAGUUUUGGCUUAGCGAUGAUGAAACAGUGGGAAAACUGAAACUGCUGUGCAAAGUUGGCCCGCCUGGGAAUCAUUGGACAGUGCCAGGAGAAUUUGAUAAAUUUCAAAGUCAGAGCUCCCAGUUUGUCAGGUUAUCAGCAUCGCAAAGAUAUUAUUUUGAAUUGCUACACAAACAAGAUGAUACAGGGACUGACCACGUGGAAAUCGGGUGGCGUCUUGCAGAAGUAGGAGCUCGCUUCACUCUUAUAGACUCGCAGUUCCUGUCUCUAUACUCAAAUGACUCUCAGGUUCCCUUAGGAAACACAUCCCUAAUACCACUGACAGAAGCAAGUCAUCCCACUAUAUGCACCGAGCCCCACCAAGCUGACAUGCUGAAACCUGACCCAAGGGAUGACUUCUAUAAAGUUCCAUUUUUAGCUAUGAAACGACUGCGCAGUGUCUUACCUUCUUGCCCCUACAACCCCAGCUACCUGGUGUCAGGAUACCCAUUACAGCGCUACCAGGGACUGCAGUUUGUUCACUUGGCAUAUGUGUACCCCAAUGAUUACACUCGUCUGAGUCACAUGGAGAAAGAAAACCAUUGUAUCUAUCAAGAGCCUUCAAAAUACAUCAACAAAUACACAUAUAGAAGAUAUAUGAAGUUGGAGAACCCUGAACCUAGAGCAGACAUGAUUCCUGGAGAUGGUGAGGACUAUAACCAGUCUGACUUUCAAUAUGAAGAUGGACAGGCAAAUGAUGUGGAUGAAGACAGAGCUGAUUCACGUGAUAAUGAUGCCCUGAUGAGACAUAGGAAGCUUUUUGGCAUUUUACAAAAACACAAUGUCUCAGAUACAAGACACGUGAAAUCUCAAUAUUACAGAAAUGUCUAUUCUACAGAGUCUUAUCAGAAAUUGACUGGGUCCCCUCAAACUGAGGCCAAGGUGAAACAUGGGCUUCAGGAUAUAACCAAAAAUUCUAACAACCAAGCCACCUCACAAGGGCAAAUUAUAAAUUAUGCUGCCAACCAUAAAUCCAGACUUAGAAGAAGUAGCCAUAUUACACCUCUAGACAUAAAUACUGUGCCCUUAAAUGACAACAAAAUGACAGAUCUUAAACAGGAUGCUAUUAACGGCCAUGAACAGCAGUGGCAUAAGAGAAACCAAUCGAGACAAGACUACAGUUCUGAGAUUAGACAAGAGGAUACACAUUUUCCACAGGGAGAAGAGCAGCUACGGGCUAGGUUUAAUGAGAAAUGGCCAGUGCAUCAGCUAAGUAGAGAAGGAAGUCAAGAAUCUCACACAACAGUAGGUAGAAUGAUGGAGUUUAAUUCAGGCAAAGUCAGGAAAAUAACACAGGUGUCUAAGAGAGAGCAAAAUUUGGGUCCUCAACAGGAUGUCAGCUGGGAGCUAAAACCAGAUAAUGUGCAGAAAGCAGGAAAAAGGAAGAGGUAUAAUAGAGAUGAACGAGGGAGAUUGCAGUCACUACAGGGAAGGAACAAAACUGAGCAAGGAAUGGAAAGGAGAAAGGAACCAAAACUACAAUAUGAGUACAGGAAAGGUUAUGUUCAAGAUAAGAAGGAAAGUCAGAGACUUGGUCAGGUUGAAGGUGAGAAGCAAAUGCCUGCACAUGGUGAAAAAGGAAAACAAGAAUUAUUACAGAGUGAUGUUGUCAGACUGAGCAAUGAACCAGCAAAGAGAAUGAGACAGAUUGAUGGUGAAAGGGAGAUGCUUAGCCAGGAUAGAGAGAUUCUGGAAAGCAUUAGGAAAGAACAGGGUCAAAGUAGGAGGCAGGGGCUAGAGCAUGAUGAGAGGGAAAGGAAGGGUCCAGAACAAGGUGAAAGUAGGAGACAGAAUCAUGACCAAAGAAGGAGGAAAUCAGGUGGGGAUGAAAAACAUGAAUAUGAACAAGUUGAAAGAGAAAGAGAGGGCUUUAUGCAGGAUAUAGGUGAAAUAAAGAUGCGUGACCAAGGUGAGGAACUAGCUAAGGGUCUUGGACAGAAUGGGGGCUCAAAGAAAAGGUUUGAACAAGGUGAAAUAGGACAACAAAGACCCAAAUUAAGCAGAGGUGAAAGACAAAAGUUUGGAAACGUUGAAAGAGGUGAGGAUGAGAUGCAGAGACUUGAGCAAAAUGGGGAAGCAAUGCAGGACACUGGACAGGGUGAUAAUGGGAGAAGAAUAGCUGAACAAAGUUAUAUCAGAAUGCCUGGUCAAGAAAACAAUAGAAAUGCAAGACAGGGGUCUAAAGAUGAAGAGAAAAUAUAUAACAUUCCUGUGAGAGACAAACAUAGUGAAAAUGAGAUUGAGAUGGAACAUUACCAAGAAGAGAAUGAAGGUGAUGAAUAUGAAGAUGGUAAUGAGGAGGAAGAACUGGAGUUUCCACUAAUUUAUGAGCAGCCAGUUGUCUGGAAUAAGACAUUUAGAGUGGGCCGGACAGAUUUUCAAAUUAUGCGGUCAGACAUGAUUGAUCUACAGUGUAACACAUCUGGUAAUCUGUUGCUUAGAGGCAAUGAGGCCCUGAUAAUCACUAGAGCUUUCAUGAAGAAACUAAACCAGAAAUACAGAGGGGUCUACAUCCUCCAGCGUAUCAUUAACGUAGAGAAGCACUUGGAUUAUGUAAGAGGAAGCCGCUAUCUCCUUGAGCUAGAGUUGAAGGACCGAUCUAAUCGCAUCCUGCGUUUCUCUCAGUAUGUCUAUACCUCUAGUUGGCAUUUGCUUUCACCUGAGGACCGAGACAAUGAAAGGGAGAUGAGAAAUAUGAUGUGGAGUUCACAGAGGAGGCUAAUGAAGGCUGAAGAGCAAAUCGAACUGUGUUGGCCAUCUGGACUCGUCUGGAACCCACAGGCAACGGUGCACUUUAUUGUGCCAGUUAAGAACCAAGCACGUUGGGUACAGAAGUUCAUAUGGGAUAUGGAGGACCUGUACCGGACUACCUCAGACUCAAGAUUCAAUGUGAUUAUUGUGGAUUUUAACAGCACAGACUUGGAUAUCAAGAGCACACUGAGACACUCACAUAUUCCCAGUUUUGAGUUUGUUAGUAUGGAAGGGAACUUUGAACGUUCUGCAGGAUUACAGGCUGGAAUUAACCUAGUAAGGAACCCACACAGCAUCCUUUUCCUGUGCGAUCUUCAUAUGCAGUUUCCUUCAUCUAUCAUUGACUCUGUGCGCAUGCAUACAGUGGAGGGCAAGAUGGUUUUUGCUCCCAUGGUAAUGAGACUAAAUUGUGGAGCCUCUCCAUGCUGGCCAGAAGGCUAUUGGGAAGUUAAUGGGUUUGGGCUGCUUGGAAUCUACAAGUCAGACUUGGAUAAUAUCGGAGGGAUGAACACAGCGGAAUUCCGAGAUCGUUGGGGAGGAGAAGAUUGGGAGUUACUGGACAGGAUAGUUCAAGCUGGACUUGAAGUGGAGAGAGUUGCUGUAAGAAACUUCUACCACCACUACCAUUCCAAGCGUGGUAUGUGGAACCGACGUGAAGCUCCAAGUGGACGAUAAUGCUUGGAUUUAAUUACAAUAGAGAUGUCGCAUGGAGUGAGAUCACUGUUCAUAUAUGAAAUAACUCAUAAACAUCUGACGAAAAGAUGAGGGCAGAGGUCUUAAGUAGAGUUGGAUGGAUGUGGAGUCUUCCAAGAGCCCAUCCAUACCUUUUAAUGAUGUCAUGAAGGAGACAAUGACCAGAAAUGUAAAUCUACCAUUUAAGUCUUCAAUGUAGCUAGUUCUACUGCACUGGGUAUCACUGUAAAACUUUUCCGAGUCUAGGCACAGCUUGGAAACUAGACUCUAAAGUUUUAUCAUUAUUUAUAACUAUAAUUAUUCUAGAAUAUUUAUAAAUAUAGUGGAGUAAAAUAUUCACAGGCUUUUUAUAAAAGAUGAAACUAACAUAAAUGUUGGAUGUGCACAAUGUGGCUAUUGUGGUGG